CAUAUACUUCCAACUAAUCUUCAUGUUGUUCCAAGGAUCCAAAAAAAAAGACGACAGUAAUAUCACAUUAAAUUAUCAUUUAAGUCCUCGUCCAAUAUGGAAAUCACAAUACAAAUAUUAAGGGAACAUCUGGAUUCAGUGUUAAGAGAAGAAAAAUUGAGUGGUUUUGAUGGAGCUUGUAAUUCUUGUCCCAUGUUCUUUAUUCCUCAUAGCUUUAAUCAAGUUCCUUUAUGAUUACUUGUGGGUGCCUCUUAGUAUACAGCAUAUGCUGAAUUCUCAGGGAAUCAAAGGACCUCCUUACAGAUUCAUCCAUGGCAACAACAAGGAAAUUAUCAAAAUGAGAAAGGAAGCUAUGAGCAAACCUAAGGCCUUGACGCAUGAUAUGUUUAUCAAAUUGCAGCCACAUACGCACUCCUGGAUCAAAGAAUAUGGGAAGAAUUUUGUGUAUUGGAACGGUGCUCGAGCUGAACUGGUGAUUUCAGAAGCUGAAUUAGUCAAAGAGGUUAUGAAAAAUAGUUUAAAUGUUUUUCCAAAAGCGAAGCCAUCAGUUUAUGUUAGCAACCUACUGGGAAAUGGGCUUGUGAUGAUCGAGGGUGAAAAAUGGGUGAAACAUCGCAAGUUGACGAAUCAUGUUUUUCAUGGGGAAAGUUUAAAGAACAUGACACCAGCAGUAAUUGCAAGUGUUGAAACAAUGCUAGAGAAAUGGAAAGGCAAAGAAGGCAAAGAGAUUGAAGUCUAUCAAGAAUUUAGAUUAUUGACUUCAGAAGUGAUAUCCAGAACAGCUUUUGGUAGCAGCUACUUGGAAGGGGAGAAGAUUUUUGCCAUGUUGAACAAGUUAUCAAUAAUUAUGAGCCGAAAUCUUUUUAAUACUAAAAUUCCUUUGAUCAGCAAGUUAUGGAAACCUGCUGAUUUGCUGGAGUCUGAAAGACUUGCAAAUGAAAUACAAGAUUGUGUGAUGAAGAUCGUUAAGAAAAGAGAAGAUAGAGUUGUGAAUGCAGAAGCUGAUAGCUUUGGCAAUGAUUUUCUAGGAUUACUUGUAAAUGCCUAUCAUGAUUUGGACGACAAAAAUAGGCUUUCAAUGGAAGACUUGGUAGCUGAGUGCAAAACAUUCUACGUUGCCGGACAAGAAACUGUUAAUGCCUUGCUUGCAUGGAUGGUCUUACUUUUAGCAAUCCAUAAAGAUUGGCAAGAGAAAGCAAGAAGAGAGGUGAUUGAGGUAUUUGGUAACCAAAAUCCAGAUUCUGAUGGCAUUUCUAAACUCAAAAUUAUCACCAUGAUCAUUUAUGAAACUUUAAGAUUGUAUGGUCCAACAAAUGGCCUGCCAAGAAGAGUUGCAAGAAAAGUUCAGGUGGGAAAGCUAGUUUUCCCAGCUAAUAUAAAUCUUCUUAUUGCAAAGGCUGCACUUCACCAUGACCAUCAAUUAUGGGGAGAUGAUGUGCAUAUUUUUAAACCGGAAAGAUUCGCUGAUGGGAUUGCCAAAGCUACCAAUUACAAUGCGGCAGCAUUUUUCCCCUUUGGAUUGGGACCCCGAUUUUGUGUUGGUAUGACCUUUGCAACCACAGAAACCAAGAUUGCUCUCUCCAUGAUUCUACAACGCUACUCCUUUACCCUCUCCCCUGCCUAUGUCCACUCACCUGUGCAUAUUAUCACCCUUCAACCAGAACAUGGAAUUCAAGUAAUACUUGAAUCACUGCAUAAUGGUGCUUAAAGUACACAGUUUCUAAAAACUGUAGUUCAUGUAGAUAGUUCAUGUUCACCUUUAAGAGAUGACAUUUAAUAUAUCUAAGGUUCAAGCAUUUGAAACCUGUUUAUUAUUUCCCAAGCUCUUCCCUCUUUUAUGGAAAAUGAAAUGCAUGCAAUCAAUUAAAAGAGAA